AUGCUGUUUGCAGUCACAAGAGCGUUGGGGCGACGCAUCCCCACUUCUUUGCCGGAGUUGCUGCAGAAACGCCCCCGUUGUACGGCCCCGCAAGUGAUCCUUCCCUACGACGCCCAUGCGAAGCAAAAGGGUGCGGAGGGCCCUUCUUACUUGCUUCACGAGAAACGUCGAUCGUCACAACCACCGUGUGCUUCUCAGUUAUCCGGUAAAAAGAGUUCCUCGACGAGACGCUCGUCUUUAAGCAAGGAAGCAGCAGCUGCUUUGGGCGUUCCGAAGUCGGGGAACGACAAUGCAUCAAGGGAGGGCGAACAGAAGCUGUGCGCGGAGGCAGGUAAAAAAGCGGCGAACAGAUGUCUUUCUGCAGAGCAGCAGAUUGCGCUACGACUUGCCUUGGAUGGAGCUCCCUUGUUUAUCGGUGGUGAUGCUGGCACAGGAAAGUCCUUUUUGCUGCGCUGUAUCGCCGAAGCACUUGAGGCCAAAGGUUUAAAUGUGGCUGUGACGGCAUCCACCGGUAUCUCGGCGCUUGGAAUUGGUGGGAAUACCUUUCAUAGCACGUUUGGUGUUCCUGUCACCUCUGACGAUGAGAAGGAGUCAGCAAAAGGGGAGGCGGCGUCCCACAUUUGGUACGAUGCCGAGUCGUUGGCGGUGCUAGACGUUAUCAUCGUGGAUGAGGUGUCGCUUUUGCACGCUGGCUACAUUGAGGCGUUGGAUUUGGCGGCACGCACGGCGCCUGGUAGGUCACAGGAUCAACCAUUUGGUGGAAUUCAGGUCAUACUCUCCGGUGACUUCUUGCAACUCAUGCACGGCCGCCUGUGGUCAAGAGACAAGGCCGAUCGGCUGUUCUGCACCGGCGUGGAAAAAAAGGGCGCCGCGUCUGCGGCACUUUUGGAAGAGCCAGAGCUGCACACCGUUUUGGCAGAGGAGAAGUGUGAUGCUGGAGCUCCGUGUCUCCAUACUACACGUGAAGCGGCUCUUUCCUCUGUGAAGAACCGCCGCCGAUUGCUGCGCCACUAUUGUGAGUGUCCGGCCUACGAAAGCCCCGUUUUCCAGCACUGCUUGCUUCACCUGCGGCUGCUGGAGCCCGCGCGCCAGAUGGGAGACCCGGCGUACCUUGAGGACCUGAACAAACUCCGCUUCGGAGUCCUGACGCACCGGCUGUCGCGCUCUGCUCUGCAGAACCCCGAGGACCCUGACGCCAUCCGACUCUUUCCCGUGAAGAGUGCUGUGACGGCGUUCAAUGCCUCUAAAAUGCUUGAGCUAACCGGGGAGGAGCGGUGCUUCAGGAGUGAGUUGCGGGUGACGAGUGGCAGUGGGGCGGCGACGCCCGCGCGGCGGCACAAAGAGGGCGGCGGAAGCGUCUACCCCGACAUGCUCGUGAUCCACUUUCGCAACAAAUCGAUGCGCUCUGCGAAGUGGCGGCGGCGGGCGGAGGAGUUGGUACACCAGUUAUGCUUGGAGCGCGGGCUGGGCGGCCCUGCGAGGGUGAUGAUACCGCCCGCCCCUGCGCGCUACUCGCAUCACUUGUCGGUCUACGUCUCCUUUGCAGGACCGACGAAGAGUCUGGCGGCGGCUUCAGUGGCAGCGCUGCGGUCCGCGAUUGGCGAAAAAUUCCUCGCCAACUCAAAGGAUGCCGCGGCGGCCCGUAAGCACUGGGGGACCAUUCUUUGGGAGGUGCGAAAGGUCGACGCGCUGAGGCGUUUUCUCCGGCUCUCACUAGAGCGGCGGUAUGCCAAAGUUAUCCAACGCGAUCAGGUGCUGCAGCACAAGCGACUGAAGGUGGGAUGCCGCGUCAUGUUGCUGCGUAACCUCAACGUCAAUUACGUGAACGGCUCGCUUGGGACUGUUGUCAGUUUCCAGCCGCUGCGCCACGUCGAGCACCUUCUCCCCACGAACCUCAAGGUGCUCCUGUCGCCGAGGCAGUAUUCCUCGUUGAACUCCGCGAAGUGGCAUUCGAGCCACACGUGUGCUCCAGCGCGGGCGGGGCGAGCGGCCUGCAGCGGUGACAAUGCAGUGGCGAUUGUUCCCGUUGUGCGGAUGGACUCGGACGGCAGGGAGGUGGCCAUACCGUGGGUCUCCCUGCCGCUGCCGUGGGGGCGGUGUGAGGGGUUCGGCGCGGUGCGCAUCAUGGCUAUGCCACUCACCCCGGCAUACGCCUACACCGUUCACAAGGUUCAAGGACUGACGUUUGAUCAUCCAGUCCUUUUUGACGGCAGCGGAUUUUUCCCCUGCGACCAUCUCAUUUACGUUGCUGCAAGCCGCGUGAAGCGAUUUUCACAGUUUCGAAUGAUCAAUGUCUCGCCCCGCAUGGUCUCUGUGCACCGAGGUGCUCUGCGUUUUAUGUCCGGUAUUCCGCCCGUGGCUGAGGCGGCGGCGAAGUGGACCACGUGGAGGCGAGCACGCACAGGAAAGGAGCAGCCUCAGCCCCCCGAAGGAGCAGCCGCGUUUUCUACGCCUCUGCCAAAUCUCUCGUUGUUUUGCGCGGAGUGGAAGCGGCGUCGCUCUGGGCGUUUGAAACAGAAAUGGCGCUUGUGA